AUGAUGAUUGUCCAUCGCGACUUGAGCAAGUCAGACAGCCUGCACCAGAACCAGACUACGAUGUUGUCCAUACUAUUUCUGCUCGUUGCAAUGCAGAGGCUUGGCAUGGCGAUGGAAUACAGACUUACGAGUGACGACCUGAACGGCCGCCGCUCCUAUGGGCAAGGCAUUGACUUCCCUGACGGUCCAGAGUGGCUGCCCGCUGCCAUCAAGGAGGCCCGUCAGCACGCGGCCUGCAGCACAGGAUUGACGUCUUUGUCGACGGAGGGCCUGGCUCCGCACUCGGGGUAUCACAUCGACGGUCCUCGAGAGGCGCUCUACGAACCACUCGAGGUGAUCGCGCCAGAGGCAAGUCAAAGCUUGAGACGUGAAGCGCCGCAAUUCCAGGGCACAGAAGGGUAA